UUGGGCAAAAGAAAAUGUUGAAUAUCAUGUUAGUUAAGAUAUUCUCUCUCUUAUCUACUUCUACUUUAUGCGUUAUAAACUCUUUUUAUACUGGAGAUGGAACUGAGAAUAUCAUUUUUUUUUUCUCCUAACCUUACAAGCCUUCUUAAAAGUUCUAUAAAUAGAAACAUAGCAUUUAUUAGAAGUCAGCAGUAUCUAUACUAAGACUAGAGGCUAACAUUAUGGAUGGAGAGGCACAAAUAUUGACGAGCUCAGCUGGACAUGGAAAACGAGGAGGCUGGAUCACUUUCCCUUUUACUAUAGCAACGACGGCGGGGUUGAACAUAGCAGCAGGAGGUUGGAUGACCAACCUGACAGUGUAUCUAAUAAAGGAAUUUGGAAUGAAUAGCAUUGAUGCUGCACAAGUUUCUAAUGUUAUGAACGGCUCUGUCAGUUUUGUUCCUGUGUUUGCUGCUGUUCUUGCUGAUUCCUUCUUUGGUUGUUUCUCUGUUGUUUGGAUUUCUUCUUUCAUUUCACUACUGGGCAUAAUUCUCUUAGCUUUAACAGCAACCAUUGAUACACUAAGGCCUCAACAGAUAUGCAAAAAUGAUUCAGACAUUUGCAUGGCACCAACAAAAGUUCAAUUUGCCUUAUUAUAUGGAGGUAUCACCUUGGCAUCUAUUGGGUUAGGUGGCAUGAGAACUAACAUAGCAACUAUUGGAGCAAACCAAUUUCGUGACUCAAAGUACCAAAACAUGUUUUUCAAUUGGUUCUUCUUCACCAUGUACAUUGGGACAGUAAUUGGAGCCACAAUUAUUGUGUACAUAGAAGACAAUGUGAGUUGGAAAUUUGGGUAUUUUGUAUGUGUGGCUGCUAAUUUUAUUGGUUUAGUUGUCUUCUUGGCUGGAAGUCGCUUUUAUCAUUGUGCUAAGCUUGAAGGUAGCCCUUUUACUAGUUUGGCUCGUGUGAUUGUAGCAACCAUUCGAAAAAGGAAACUUACAAUUUCCCAAGAAAAUUGGUAUUAUGGACCACAUGUCAAUGCUGAUCAAACAAUGUCAACUUCCCCUUCAAGAAGCUUUGGAUUCUUGAACCGUGCAGCGCUAAAAUGUGAAGGAGACGUUAAACAGGACGGCUCAAUCGCUAAACCAUGGAAACUCUGUGCAGCAAGUGAAGUAGAAGACUUCAAAAGCCUAAUGACAACUCUGCCAUUGUGUUCAUCCAGCAUAUUUCUUUCUACUCCAAUUGCAGUCCUAAUUAGCUUGUCUGUUCUUCAAGCCUUAGUCAUGGACAGACACUUAGGACCACAUUUUCAAAUCCCCGCGGGUUCAAUCCCGGUCAUUGUAUUGGUCACCACCUCAAUUUUUCUACCAAUACUCGACAGAUUUCUCUAUCCCACGUGGGAAAAAUUUAUUGGCCAAUCCGUCACACCCUUCAAACGAAUUGGACUAGGGCACGUGCUCACUUUUAUUGCCUUAGGAGUGGCAGCAUUGGUCGAGUCAAAAAGACUACAUGUAGCACAUAAUUCACACAACCUUAAUCAAGGUUCCAGUAAUAUUGUGCCUAUUUCUGUCUUAUGGCUCGUGCCACAACUAGUUAUUAUUGGGAUCGGAGAGGCAUUUCAUUUUCCGGGACAAGUAUCAUUGUACUACCAAGAAUUUCCGACAUCCUUAAAGAGUGUCUCAACAGCCAUAACAUGGUUAGUCGUUGCCAUUUCAUAUUACUUGGCCACUGCGUUGAUUGAUCUCUUUCGCAGGGCGACUAGUUGGUUGCCUAAUGACAUAAACCAGGGGAGAAUAGAUAAUUUUUAUUGGGUGUUUGCUGUGAUUGGAGUGUUGAAUUUUGGUUAUUAUUUACUAUGUGUUUGGUUCUACAAGAGAAAAAAUGGGAACAAGGUGGUCGAUCAUGGGGCAUCCAAAGCUUCCGACAACUGAUUUUAGUAUGGCUCGAGUAUGCAGUGACAGAUCCAAAAUUUAAACGUUUUGGAUUCUGAAAUAUAUGUCUAGUUCUAUCUAUAUGUAGGUUUUUUUUUUUUUUUUUGUGUGUGUGUGUUUGUACUUCCGAAUCGAUGAAACCAUUGUUGGAUCCGGUACGAUAAAUUUGUA